AUGUCACAAGAAAUAAUCAACAAAUUACUCGAAUCAUCAGCCAAACUACACACUAUCAAAGGGCUUCAACAACCAGAAGAAUUCUUAUUGGAAAAUCGAAAUUUGGAAGAAACAAAACAAGAACUUCUUCGAAAAGUUCUUCAAGCUGAACAAGAAGCAAAUGACGGCGAGGAGAAAUUCUUGAAUCUCAAAAAACAUCGAGAUGAAAUGGGUGAGCUCGAUUCAUUUUCCGUUGAAGUUGGAAUGUCUUUUUUUGCAGAAAAAGUUUCCUCGAAAGAUCUCGAAGCCAUAAAAAAUAUGGAAAAUCGUCGUGCUCGAGUAAUCCAACAAAAAAAUGAGUUCGCCAAGACUUUGAAUGAUUCUAAUAUGAAAUUCGAAGAUUAUCAACAGGCAACGCAAAUUUUGAACAAUUUACAAUGUUUAUGCGACGACAAUUGA